AUGUUCUCCCAGCUCCUCCUCCUAUUAAUCCAUCUAGCUUUCCCCGUGCUAGCCAGUCUCAAGGAUCUAUCUCGAUGCGAUCCCCUCAAGAAAGACGCUCGUAAACCUCUCCUCCCUAUCAGCCCCCCAACAAGAAUGAUUAAGGCGGAAGCUGAAAAAAAGGUCACAACCUCAGAUUGUCCUCCCGAUCCCGCAUUCGCCACCAAGACCUCCUUUGACUUCACCAAAGCCACCUGGGACGAUCAAUUCACUUCCUUCUGGUCCAUCGACUCUUUGACAACGCAAGACAAACGCCAACUCACAUUCAACAACACCGAUGGCAAAGGUGCCGCCUUUAACAUAUGGCAAGACAAUCAAGCACCCACUCUAACCAGCAACAAAUAUCUCCUCUUCGGCAAAGUCAGCGUCGAAGUCCAAGCCGUCAAAGGCCCUGGCAUCAUCACCGCCAUUGUCCUCAAAUCUGACUCAGGAGACGAGAUCGACUGGGAACUCCUCGGGGCAUUCGAGAACCAAGCCCAGACAAACUACUUCUACGACGGCCAGCCACUCUUCAACACGUACAACACAACUUACCACCUCGACACCUCCUCCUUCACCUCGUCUUACAAGUACGGCAUCGAAUGGACGCCCACAAACCUCAGCUUCUCCAUUAACAAUGUCAUCCGCAAGACGUGGCACAUCGGUGACAUCCCAGCCUACAAGUGGCCCCAAACCCCGAUGCAAGUCAAGCUCGGCAUCUGGACCGUCAGCAACAGCAGCGACCCGGGCACCGUCGUUUGGGCCGGUGGUAUGCCCAAUUGGGCCAACCACGACGCCGACAAAAACCCGUACAGCGCCUACUUCAAGACGAUCGAGCUGGAGGACUACGCCGGCGGAUGCAACGAGACCGCCAAGGGUGCCAACGUUGAGUACUUGUAUGACGAGCGCACCACCAGUUGGGAGGGCAUUGAGAUUAAGGGAUGUGUCAAACGAUCAACUCCUGGCGCUUUUCCUCCCCCUAUAGCUUCGUCAAGUGGCGCCCAACCCACGCAGACUGGCGAUGGUGACAAAUCUCAUCCAUCCUCUUCCGCUACUACUGCUGAAGAACAGCCCUCGCAAACGGGGGAGCAGAAUCCAGACCCGUCUGAAAGCAGUAGCGACGAGAAUGGCAAUGCAGCGCUCCCCAGUGGAAAGCCAUCCUCGCCACUCGGCGCCGUGAUCUUCCUGCUCUGGCUUCUCGCUAUGUAA